AGCGGCCUCCGCACCAGGGUCCGCGGCCCCGGGCGUCGCCUAGCAACCGGGCCGCCAGGGGCUAGGCUGCGCGGGCGACACCGCCUUCCGGCGUCCCCGGAAGUGGCGUCAGCGCCAGGCCCCGCCCCAGCAGAGGCGGAAGUGGAGCCGCCCGGGUCUCCAGCGUUCCCGGGAGCUCGGCCCAGCGUUGCCGCCUGGGCCCAUGGCCGCCUACUCCUACCGCCCGGGGCCCGGGGCUGGCCCGGCCGGGGGCGCGGCGCUGCCGGACCAGAGCUUCUUGUGGAACGUUUUCCAGAGGGUUGAUAAAGACAGGAGCGGGGUGAUAUCAGACAACGAGCUUCAGCAAGCACUCUCCAACGGCACAUGGACUCCAUUUAAUCCAGUGACUGUCCGCUCCAUCAUAUCUAUGUUUGACCGAGAGAACAAAGCUGGCGUGAACUUUAGCGAGUUCACUGGCGUCUGGAAGUACAUCACAGAUUGGCAGAAUGUCUUCCGCACCUACGACAGGGACAACUCUGGGAUGAUCGACAAGAACGAGCUCAAGCAAGCACUCUCAGGUUUUGGGUACCGGCUCUCUGACCAGUUUCAUGACAUCCUCAUUCGCAAGUUUGACAGACAAGGACGGGGGCAGAUUGCAUUUGAUGACUUCAUCCAGGGCUGCAUUGUCUUGCAGAGGUUGACAGAUAUAUUCAGGCGUUACGAUACGGAUCAAGACGGCUGGAUUCAGGUGUCAUAUGAACAGUAUCUGUCCAUGGUCUUCAGCAUCGUAUAACCCUGGCCUUUGCACACGGCAACGUGACUUAUGCAAGGACGGCUCAAAGAUGCCAAAUCUCCCUUUAAAGAAGUGGGACACAGAUGCAGCCAGCUCUUCCUUUAGAUUUCAUAUCACUAACGUUUGGGACCGACUGUAUAUAUGUGGAUAAGCUGAUAAGGUUUUUGCGAAUAUAAUAAUACUUAUAAUCAUUAUUUACACACAGACCUUUGAUUUGAGACUGUCCAGUUGUGCCAUGAGGUUAGAUAUGAUAAUGUUUCAGGGUAUCCUGCAUGCAAAAAAUCCAUCAUGUGCAUUUCUAGAGAACUCGAGUUCUAUAGUGGAAGUACUUUUAUUAGCCAAUAGGAAUUUAAAAAUAAUACGGAACUUGCACAGAGGCUUUUACGUGCCUUACAUUUUUAAAAUGCGGUUUAUUGUAUUUGUUUGAAUAUGCAACCUAAGCAAUAAAGCACAUGCGCCCUC